CAAAAGCUCUUUCAUGGGUAGACUCAUCACCGAGCAGUUCUUGAAGCGUUUAACUAAACCGUUUUGAACUUGUAGCGGGUUUUAGAACUGGACUUCUCGGGACUCAGGUUGCGUAGUAAAACUGCUGGAAUGCAACAGCAGCUCAGUCUGUUGCAAUGUUGUAAUUUUAUUGUCCGUUGACUCGGUCCAAGUAGAUCGGUAUCGUUGAAAGUUCGAAGUAUAUGCAGUAACUGCGAUUUGGAUUUGAACAGUAGCUUCUGAGUAACACGAUCAAGAAUGCUGUAAUAGAACUGGUUAUAUUGGUAUAAUCUAGGUGCGACAGAGCACGAAAGGGUUGUACACUUCGGAGGCGCACGCGCGAGGCUCAGGAUCCGCAGAAUUCUCAGGGACGCGUUUCCAAUGAUUUCAUGGUGAGACAAAUUUGUACUGAGACACCAACAAGGAGCCCAAUGUGUGUAGAAUGAAUUGGCAAUCUCAGCUGUGAAAUGUACUCAACAGAGAUCGACGACGACCGCGAUGGGUUACAUUGUGUUCUCUAAGGCACUGUGGAAGACUGGCAAUUUAGAUUUGGCACGAAAGUCAUCUCCCGUUCUAUAGUAAACACUUCGUCAAAUCACAAGCUAUUUCGGGGGAGUCGCCUCCUCACUAGGUCCAACAAAUGGCAUAGCCGAAAGUACAAGGAAGAUUAAUUAACAGGCUGAUGACGCAGAGUCGUUGACACAAGUAUCCUCAAUCGAUCCGGACGAUUUUGCGAGUUGCUAAGAUCAAGGCAAGUGCGACGAGCUGCUCUUUCACUUUGACGACCUUUCUAGCCUGCAAGGAGAUGAUUAAAUCAGGGGCGCUGGAAAUGAGGUCAACAUGUGGAUCAUUCGUAACGAUGGCGGUUCUGGUGCUGAUAUUGUGCCUGGGAUCGUUGCUGCCCGUGACGUCGUUCGAGGCGGACAUCGAUAAGGAGCAAUCCUUGACACUAGCGGAGAGAAUGGCUAAAACGUCCAUGAGCCUUUGGGCUGUUACCGGACCUGCUAAAGACAGGUUUCAGUACGAGCUAGGCGUAUUUUUGCGAGGAAUAGAACUUGUCUGGGAAGCAACAGACGACAAAAAGUACUUUGAAUACAUUAAGUUCAAGGUGGACCGGUUCGUGGCAAACAACGGCACCAUCAACUAUAAUUUCACGGAAUUUACUUUGGACAAUAUUCUCACAGGAAGGCUAGUGCUCAGUCUCUACGAGAGGACGAAAGACAAUAAAUACAAGAAAGCGGCACAGAUUUUGCGGGAGCAGCUCCGCCAGCAACCUCGCACGCACGAGGGCGGCUUUUGGCACAAGCUCACUUACCCUUACCAGAUGUGGUUGGAUGGCCUCUACAUGGCGGAGCCUUUUUACGCCGAGUUUGCGAAGCUGUUUCACGAAUACAAUGCGUUUGGUGACAUUGCCAAGCAGUUCAUCAUCAUGGAGCUGCGGUCUCGCGAUUCAAAGACCGGGUUGCUCUAUCACGGCUAUGACGAAUCACGUGUGCAAAACUGGUCGGAUCCGAAGACGGGCCGGUCACCGUCGUUCUGGGGAAGGGCUGUGGGGUGGUACUUCAUGGCAAUCGUCGAUACGCUUGAUUUUUUCCCCAUGUACCACCCCAAGCGAGUACAGCUCCUCGCGAUUGUGAACCGCCUCGCCAUAGCCGUGAAGAAGGUGCAAGAUCAAAAAACUGGUCUAUGGUGGCAGGUGCUAGACAAACCAAACAAGAAAGGGAACUACCUCGAGUCCUCAGCGUCCUCCAUGUUCGUGUACUCGUACGCGAAAGGCGCGCGAAAGGGCUACAUAUCUCCAGUGUACAUAGCCACCGCCAAGAAAGGUUAUGAGGGCAUCGUAAAGAACUUCGCUGUGAAACUAUCUGACGGAGGGUUGAAUUACACAAGAAUUGCAAGUGUGGGAGGGCUUGGCGGGACUCAUUACCGGAAUGGAACCUUCGAGUAUUACAUCAGUGAGCCCAUUGUGACGAACGAUCCUAAAGGAGUGGGUCCCUUCAUGAUGGCCAGUGUCGAAAUCUCUAGAUCCACACCAGUUUAGAGCACUCGCUGUAAUUCGUCCGUCGUUUUCGCAAAGUGAAUGAAGUUCCGAGAUUUUGAUUUUGAUUUUGA